AGAAUGAGUUGUGGUCUCGUCAGUAAUGAAUGACUGUCCUUAUCCAAUCGUGAAUUUGUGAUGACAUCGCCAACAAAACAUUCAACUCAUUUCUUCCUUCCCAAACAUUCUUUGUCUCAGCUGUUUCUUCAUUUUUUCUCUGUUAUCAAAAGAUAUGCACAAAAUUGUUCAAAGGGUGCGAUUCUUCAAUCGUUCAUCACUUCUAACACACUCACACUUCGACCAAUCUCAACUUGUUUCCGCCUUUUCAAACUCAGUUACAAUGGAUCAAACUCGCACUGUUCAAUUUCUUCAUUUUCGGUAAUAUUCACAGAACCCUUUUCCUUUUUUAUGAAUUGUUCUUUCAUAUGUUUAGGACCUAUCUGAAUAAACAACUUAAUUAAGCGCUUAUUGUAUAAAAAUAAUUUUGAGCUGAUUUCUUUUUUUUUUUUUGGUUUACAUUGAGCUGGGAAUCGAACUCAUGACCUAUAGCGUACUACCCAAACCCCUCCUCAUCACUAGACCAAACCUAGUGGCUUGUUUUGAGCUGAUUUCAUGGAAAUUACAAACACAAGAGAACUUAGGAAUGCAUUUGACAAAUACGAUAAAAACGUUUUGUCUCGAUGCCUGAACUGGACUUCGAGGGAAAAUGAUAAUCAUCAUGCUGCCAGCUAUGUGGUAAACCAUCAUUUUACAGCUGAUCACAAUGAUAGAUGCAGAAAGGAGUUCUCAAGUAAGCUUCUUAAAAAUAUUCCAGACUUUGUUAAGAUAGUGGAGGUUGGUGCAAGGGAUGGAUUGCAAAAUGAGAAGGUUAUUGUUCCCACUGAUGUGAAAACUAAAUUGAUAAAACUGCUAGUUUCUUCUGGGUUGUCCGUUGUUGAGGCGACGAGUUUUGUCUCACCAAAAUGGGUGCCACAGUUGGCAGAUGCAAAGGAUGUAUUGGCAGCAAUCCGAGACGUUGAAGGUGCUAGCUUUCCUGUCUUAACUCCAAAUCUCAAAGGUUUUGAGGCAGCUGUUGCCGCUGGUGCUAAGGAAGUGGCUGUUUUUCCUGCUGCUUCUGAAUCAUUCUCUAAAGCCAAUCUCAAUUGUGGCAUUGAGGAUAACCUUGCUCGUUGCCGUGACAUUGCUUCAGCUUCUAGAAGCCUCUCGAUCCCAGUUCGUGGAUACAUAUCAUGUGUUGUGGGAUGUCCUCUGGAAGGGAAAAUUUCUCCAGCAAAAGUAGCAUACGUUGCAAAAUCACUUUAUGAGAUGGGGAUCUCUGAGAUUUCAUUAGGGGAUACAAUUGGUGUUGGUACACCGGGUACCGUCAUUCCUAUGCUUGAAGCUGUUCUUGAUGUUGUUCCAGUUGACAAGCUUGCUGUCCACUUUCAUGAUACUUACGGUCAAGCACUUUCAAAUAUUCUAAUUUCACUUCAGAUGGGGAUCAGCACAGUGGAUUCAUCAGUCUCUGGUCUUGGAGGUUGUCCAUAUGCAAAAGGUGCAACUGGGAAUGUUGCCACUGAGGAUGUUGUUUAUAUGCUGAAUGGACUUGGAGUUAAAACUAAUGUGGACCUUGGUAAACUUAUGCUUGCUGGGGAUUUCAUCUGCAAGCAUUUAGGACGUGCAUCUGGUUCAAAAGCUGCAACUGCAUUGAAUAAAGUUACAAAUAAUGCUUCCAAACUGUGAGUUACUAAAGCUAAGAUCAUGUAUCUGCAUGAGAGGUAGAUUGUUUACCCUCUGUUUUGUUACUUUUGUCCAUAAAAUUCUAUGACCCCUUAGAGUAUAUGUAUGUUAGUCUUUCCUCUCUGGUGGGUCACUGGGUCCUGCCUGUAGUGUAAACAACAUACCUAGAAAGAUAGAGCAAGAAAAUCAACUGUAAUGCUGUUCAGUUUUGCUUCUUUUAUGAGUCUAUUCUCUAUUGAGUUGCUUUGGUUAUAUGUUGAACAUUUAAUCAAGUAAUCAUGAAUAAAACAAUGAAAAUACAUGGUAUGUUCAAGUUCAA